UUGAUCAACAUGUUGACAAUGAAUGUAAUUGCUUUCUAAAUAUAUUAAUUGCGAAAUUAUUCAUGUCCUGUUCUAGUUAAAAUACAUAAUACGAGAGUCACGUGAUUUAAUAGAAUCGAAGUGUAUAUAUAACUGACACCGGUCUGUAUUCGGAAGCAUUCUUUGCUAUAAAAUAAACAUCAACAUGAAGGUUCAAGCUGUGAUUAUAGUUGCUUGCGUUGCCAUCGCUGUGGGACAAGAUGUCGUCAUCUACGACGCGACUUCUCAGCCUAAAUGCACGCUGAUUAACCGUGCGAGUACAAAUGAUUGUCGCUGGAAAGCUGGUCUAGACAUGGCGGACCAAAUCAUCGAGAAAGGUCGCAUCAUCGCGUACAGAAUCCAGUGGUUUAACGGCUCGUGGUCGACCUGGUUUGGUCCUGGCUUGAACGACCUUGACAUCAAGUUCAACCCCAACUACGCGACUUGUGCCGUUCCUCUCAAGACCAACUCAAUGAGAAGAAUGUGGUCCUAUUUCUACGACCACACUCACGAGUUCAUCAUUUGUAAGCCGAAUUAGUUUCAAGAGUGUGCAUCAUAAAACGAGUCAAAUGAACUUAUAUGCUUGAAUUUGUCAAAUAAGCGCGUAUUUGUUGAUCUGCUAUAUGAAUGUUGCUGGCAAGAUUUAAUGUGUGAACAAUAUGCGUUUCACUAAAUAAAUUAAUUUAAAUUAUAAAUCGUUGGUGUCGAAGUGACGGAAUUGUAUAAUCACGAACAGGAUUUUUCGGAAAUUAAUCAAUCGAAUCAUCAUUCAAUGUUAUGUCGUUCUUUAUUGUGUGAAUAAAUGUAGUAGUUCGUU